AUGCUCUAUCACAGGUUGGAUGCAACUUUGCUGGAAUUAUCUUCACUUGUUAAAAUUGUCAAUCCCGAUGCACGUAAACGGGGAACGAUUUUUGACUUUGCCAUUGUUUCUCCUGACCCUCGAUCUCCUGGUUAUAAAAUGCGUGAUAUCGGAAGUGUCUGUUCAGGUUUUCCUUCGGAUUCGGAUAAAAUUAUGCUGAAGGACUGCGCUUUCCGCAUCGGUGACAUGGUUGACGUGGCAGUAACACCACCAGCUACGGAGCGAACGCCUGUUGGUGGCGGUAUUGGCAGCAACAAGCGUCGGGUGGUGCGACGGAAUCCAGAGCCGCUUGUCAACGCCUCGGCUACGGCAACAGGCGCCUUUCAGGCCGAACAGCCGGUUCGCAGGGUCGUAGGGCGUGACUACGACAGCUAUCAUUACUAUCACUCUCGUCAGCGACGUUUUAUGUAG